CAAUCAAAUUUUAUUGAUCUCGUCCCAUUUUCAAUUCAAAAGACUCUUAUCGACCAAGAUUACUGUAAUGGCCUGGGCCACACGACUCUGGCUCCCAACAUCACAGAACUGCAGGGUCUGGGCAUCGAGUUCUUCCUGGGAUUCGUCCUGGUUCUAACUGUAUUUAGAGCCUGUGACACCCACAAAUCCAACUUCGCCCACGGCAAUUGGUCUUCCCACUGGAUCUAUUGGGUGGGUCCUAUUCUCGGGGACUUGACAGCUGCCCUGCUAGUCAUCCUGAUCCUGGAGGCGAAGCCGGAGACGAAGAUGAAUGAGAUCUACUGAUCAUAAACCCCCCGUAAAUAAAUUGGUUACGUG